UAUUCUUCCGUUUGAUUAAACUUGACAUAUAUAUAAUGGAUAUAAAAAAGUAACUUGUAGUUUCUGAUAUGAUGACCAUGGCGAGGAUAUGUGAUUUCUGUUUUCUUUUAAUUCUUGGUGUGACCGUUUCGGCGAAUAAUACCUACAACACAGGGCAAUCAACAACAUGUGGAUCAAUGUGUACCUUUACAGAUUGCUUAGACAUUCUUCGGCAAGGGUUUACUGCUAAUGGUGUUUACACCAUCAAGCCAUCGACUCUCUGGCGACCACUUCAAGUUUACUGCGAUCAAACGACUGCUGGAGGUGGCUGGACUGUGGUUCAAAGGAGACAAGACGGUUCACAAAACUUCACUAGGUCCUGGAUCGAUUAUGCCUAUGGAUUCGGGUCCCUGAAAGGUGAAUUCUGGCUUGGGAAUGAGUUCAUACACCGACUUACUUCAACAGUACCCAAUGAACUGAGAAUAGAGUUGCAGGAUUUUGAAAAAGACUAUCGCGUGGCUAAGUACGGACGCUUCGUUGUUGGACCGGAAUCCGAUCUGUAUAGAUCAACGAUUGCUUUCUUCAGUGGGAAUGUAACAAAUUCGUUAACUCCCUGGCAUAACAACAAACAGUUUUCCACUGUCGAUAACGGCCCAGAAAGCGUCUGUGCACAGCAGUACAAAGGUGGAUUCUGGUACAACGAUUGCCAUGCGGUGAACAUUAACGGUUUAUAUCUUAAAGGGAAACAUAAUUCCUAUGCGGACGGUGUCAACUGGGUGGGUUUUAGAGGUUAUAAUUAUUCUCUAAAAUUUACUGAAAUGAAAAUAAGACCUCAUUAAACAUUUCACAAGUGCGUAUAACGCCACGGCACUGGACGAUUUUCUGUCCUUUUGAUAUUUCGGUAAUAAUUCUCUAAACAUUAGUUCUUCGAUAAGUGUAUUAUUGUAAUAUCUUCACUUGAAACUACUGUUAAAGGAUAGCAUUUGCACUUUUUGAACAUGUAUUUAGUGUAAACAUGUAUAAGAGAAACAUUAAGCUUAAAUAAAAUCCUUACCUUCCAAAAAUA